AUGCACCGAGGCGUGCCAGGACCAGGCCUCAGGGGCCUGAAGGGGGCCGAGGGCUCUGCCAAGGACUUGGGGGGCUCUAGCCUGGAGGCUGGAAGGGAUUUUGGGGUGUUGAGGGAGAACGGCGCCCCCCGCGGCCUGGGCGAGACAGAGGAGGUGCCGAGCAGUAGAAAGCGCGCGCGGCCGGUGCGGUCCAAGGCGCGGCGCGUGGCGGCCAACGUGCGGGAGCGCAAGCGCAUCCUGGACUACAACGAGGCUUUCAACGCGCUGCGCCGGGCGCUGCGGCACGACCUGGGUGGCAAGAGGCUCUCCAAGAUCGCCACGCUGCGCAGGGCCAUCCACCGCAUCACAGCGCUCUCCCUGGUCCUACGCGCCAGUCCCCCGCCCCGCUGGCCUUGCGGGCACCUGGAGUGCCACGGCCAGGGUGAGCGCGCCGGAGACGCCGGGGAUGCGGGCUCCAGUCCGCCCCGGCCGGUGCAGCCGCCCGCCGGGCUCUUCCUACCGCGCUGUGCCUCCUGCUCCCCGCACACGCCCCUGGGACGGCCAGUGACCGAGGCGCAGGGUUUGGUCCAGGCCUCCCCUGGAAGCUGGCGCCGGUGGCCCGGGGGGCCCUUUGCUUGGCCACUGGGCCAACCGCGGGUGGGCUCCGGGCUGGGCUACCAGCACCCCUGA